AAGGCUCAGGUGGAUUCGGAGGAAGAGAGAGAUCAGGAUUUUCAGGCAGAGGAGGAAAGUAGGUAUAUCAAGGUCAAAAUCUAAUAGAUUCUCACGAGGUGGUGGAAAGCCUAAAGGCAAGACAGUCUGUAAAUUCUUUGUAAAAGGAAAAUGUACCCACGACCAUUGCAGUUUCUUGCACAUGUAUUCUCCAAUCGAUAACAUUACUCUCCAGGCUUCUGUGAGCAUUUCUCCAGAAGCGCUGAGAGAUAUCUGUUUGUUCAAGAUUGAAGAAGAUAUUCAUAUUGCCACCUCAGAUGUCAAAGGAGAAAUACAAGUAUUCAGCCCCGCUAAGAACGAGGUGAUAGAAAGAUUCACUCCAGAGGGCGAAACUACUUGUUUAAGAGUGUUUGAUCAAUUUCAAAAUGUUCUAGUCGCAGGGUACUCCAAACAAGCCCCUGGAGGAGCAAUUCAUGGAUCACUCUUACUCCUAUCCGGUGAGAAUAAGUUAGAAGUGGAGGCGCACGAAGGCCAUAUAACAGACAUUAUAUGCGUCAGCUUCCAGACCCCAGAAUUUACAGGAGAAGUGUUCUUUACAGCAGGAUUGGACUGAAAGAUCAGAGCAUGGAAGAUCAACGAAGGACAGCUAGAGCUAAUGCAUACCUUGGACACGCCUAACAACUCGCCGAUCACAUGUCUGGAAAAUUCAGGCCCAAACUUUGUGUUCGCAGGUUGCCAGGACGGAGGUAUUGUAGCUUGGAACGUCCUCAAAAACGAUUCAGACAUCAUGAAGCAGGAUGGAGCAACAGGAAUCAUUAAGACCAAGGUGUUCGAGAAUCAUCUGAUAGUUGCCAGAGAGAACAAGUCUGUUGAAGUUUAUGACAUGAACAGCGAGUUCUUGUGCACAAACAAUUUUACUGCGAAAGGAGAAAUCACCUGUUUGGCAGUUGCAGUCGACGCUCUUGGAUGAAAUGUACUCCUGAUUGGGCAGAAAUCAGGAUACAUGGAUAUGCUGAAUAUUAGUACAGGAUUCAAGAUGUUCACUUCGAUGAUGGCUUAUUCAGACAGCCCCGUAACCAAAACUCUUCCCAUCGUGAACAUCUUCGGGAUGGAUGCUGGCAUCUUCACUGUUGGAGAGGACGGGUGUCUCUCUGUCUGGUCUUGGAAGAAACCUGACAAGUCAGGCUUCUCCAAGCGUGGAGGCAGAGGUAGAGGCAGAGGAAGAGGUAGAGGCAGAGGAGGACAAGGAGAUCAAGGGAAGGCAUGGUAG